CUUCAGCACCAUCUCCUUCGCAUCACUCUUGGGGUUUGACAAGUUAAGUCAAAGUGAAAGCUGCAGAACAGAAAGCAACAUGAGCACCAUCUACCGCUCUGGUAUUUCCGCCGUGUCCCUGUCCUCAGUGCCGACAUUUACCGGCUCCAGGCGGGGUACGAGCGUCUAUGGCGGUGCAGGCGGUAGAAACGUCAAGGUGUCCUACGCCUCCAGCAGCCUUGGCUCUGGCUUUGACUUGGCAGGGGCCCUCGGGGGUAACAACAACAGCUUCUCCGUUUCAGGCAACGAGAAAGUGACCAUGCAGAACCUCAAUGACCGCCUGGCUUCCUACCUGGAAAAGGUGCGCUCUCUGGAAAGCGCCAAUGCGCAGCUGGAGCGUCAAAUCCGCGAGUGGUACGAGAAGCAGACCCCCACCGUCAGGGACUACAGCAGGUACGAGGCAAUCAUCGCCGACCUGCGGAGACAGAUCAGCGCUGCCACACAGGACAAUGCCAGGCUCAUGUUGCAGAUUGACAAUGCCAGACUGGCAGCAGAGGACUUCAGAAUCAAGUUUGAGAAUGAGCUGGCAGUGCGCAUGUCUGUGGAGGUGGACAUCGCCGGACUGCGCAAGGUUCUGGAUGACCUGACUACUACCCGGUCUGACUUGGAGAUGCAGGUGGAGGGCCUGAGGGAGGAGCUGGUCUAUCUGAAGAAGAACCAUGCAGAGGAGCUUGCAGCCUUGCGCAGCCAAGUCAGUGCCAGCUCUGUGAAUGUGGAGGUGGAUGCCAAGCCUCAGGAGGACAUAUCCGCCACUCUGCAGGAGAUUAGAACUCAGUAUGAGGGCAUUGCUGACAAGAACCGCCGUGAAAUGGAGGCCUGGUACAAGGUCAAGUUCGAUGAGCUGAACAAGCAGGUGGCAUCCAGCACGCAGACUCUCCAGAUCUCCCAAAGUGAGAUCAGUGAGCUCAAGAGGACCCUGCAGACGCUUCAGAUUGAACUGCAGUCCCAGCUCAGCCUGAAAUCUGCUCUGGAGGACCAGCUGGCCGAGACAGAGUCCCGCUACAGCUUGCAGUUGAACCAGCUCCAGGCCAUGGUCAACGCCCUGGAGAGCGAGCUCAGCCAGAUGAGGACAGACAUUGAGAGACAGUCCAGAGAGUACCAGGUGCUGCUGGACAUCAAGACCAGGCUGGAGUUGGAGAUCGCUGAGUACAGAAGACUGCUGGAUGGAGAGGAUGUAAAGAAAACUGUCAUCACGACCGAAGUGAAAGUUCAACCAGUCAUAACCCAGAGGAGGAAGGUGGUGAUUGAGGAGCUUGUUGAUGGAAAAGUGGUCUCCCGUACAGAAGAUGUAGACACAGAAAUCAUCAGCAAGUAGACAGACUGGAGCCCAACAGACUGGGGUCAAAGAAUAAUAAUGCUUUAAUAAUAAUAACAAUAAUAAGAAGAAGUGAAUUAUCUUCAAAAGCCCUGCUGCCCUUUAUGUCUUCUGUUUCUGACAUGCAUAUGAUGUUCCACAAAUCUGGAGUCUGAUGAAACCAGCAAGAAAACACAUGUUUUGAAAUGUCUUAAGAAAAUGUGUAAGCAAUUAUAUUAACUGUCCUCCCGAAAUUCCAUAUUCACACAUUAGGUGGCGCUGUGAGACUGAUUGAUUAGAAAGGAAAAGAAUAGACACAGUACAAAGCUUUAUCAAUGCUUUGUACUAAAGGUCAGGCAAUAAGGAGGUCAUAUGUUUUCAUAUUUUAGACCUAAUAAAUAAACUAAAUCACUUCUUAAUGUUUUGCCUGGUAAAAAUAAAGCUUAACUAAAGCUCGUUUUUUUCUACUACCAGUGUUAAAAGUGUUCUGAUGUUUUAAAGCAAAUUAAAUGUAUUGCUAUUAGAAUUAUCAUAAAUAAAUGAGUUCAUUGUCAAGACAACUGUCAGUAUCUGUGCUGUGCUGUAUUUCUCUGAAUUAAGACCACACUUCCCAUAAAACAUCAGUGUCCUGUUGUGACAAGGAUCUUUGCAUCUUUUUGUUUUUAAGAGAAUACAUUUUUCAUCUUG